ACAUCGCUGUCUCGUCGAGGAAUCCCCCGAAGCCUAAUUUUAUUUUGGGCGGCCUCUUCCUGCAGGCGUACUGACAGUCUCACCAACAGGGGCUCCUAUGUAGCAGAGCCUAGAAAAUGCAGAUGAACGAUCGAGUACACAAAUAUGCUGGCAAUGCCUCCUUGACUUCAGAAGGUUCUCAGAGACCACAGGAACAACAGCCUGCUCUUGCUACAACGCCAGUUUCUUUAUAGCAGACGCCGGCGCUGUAUAGCGAUCAUCAGUGACAGUUUAAGAAAUUGAACAGUUUCUUGUUAGAAGCAGGCGUCGGAAAUGAAGAACCCUCAUGUAAUCGUGGAUCAGUGCAGUCCAACAGAUGGAAAUAAGAAGUUUAAACGAAAAGUUCGGGGUCCUUUUAAACGUGCCUUUGCGGAAAAGGACAAACAUGAUUCUAAAAAACUCGUCGAUGCAAUGGGACUUCUUGUGGAUGAAGUUUAUGGAAAUAUUUGCGAAAAAGGGCUCCAACACUUUGCUCCAGCCGGAUCGAAUGGAGAGCACAUGCAACAGCCCGGUAUUUUAAAUACUGCUCUUGAUAUGAAAAUGUAUAGCUUGCCUUUAAUAACUGGGAAUAUGACUGAAACACAACCUGGGUCGCUUUCCGAGGCAGCAGCUGAGCACAACAAAACAUCGCCACCGGAUACAGUCUUUGAGAGUCAGCAGGCGUUUCCAAAAGAUUAUGCUCCGCAGACGCGUAUUGUGUUGUGCAAACGUUCUGAAAGGUCUCUGUCUUCAACCUCUCGGGCGUCCUACACCAACAACAACGCUGAGCCUAUAGACUCGUCUAGGAAACGACUGGUAGAGCCGCCUGGCGUCGUCACAGAGAUCAAAGCAAUUCAGCAGACCCGAAGACUGCUGGCGAAUGCUAGGGAGAGGACCCGGGUGCAUACUAUCAGUGCCGCUUUUGAGGCACUGCGAAAACAGGUGCCCUGCUAUUCCUAUGGACAGAAGCUCUCCAAGCUAGCUAUAUUAAGAAUUGCUUGCAACUAUAUCCUUUCCCUGGCUCAACUUGCAGACCUGGACUACACACCAGACCACAGCAACAUGAGCUUCAGAGAGUGUGUGGAGCAGUGCACCAGAACCCUGCAAGCAGAGGGUCGCUCCAAGAAGAGAAAGGAAUAAAAUGAAGACUUUGGAGAAUUUUUCCACAGUAGGAUCGUGACAAGCCUUAUUCUACAUGUACACUUGGAGCUCUAUGCUUGAAAUGACUCAAUAUAAAUACAAUGAUUGCAUUUUUAUACUAGAUUUUAAAUAAAUUAGUGUAGUAGGUUACACAGACAUGGUUCAUGACUAAUAAAAUAUUCCAGUUAACAUGCAGACUCUCGUUGAGCCAGAAUACAUGCACCACAAACAUAUGCAACUUAAAAGAACACACCAUAUCAUCUUUGUAAUUGUUUAGACCUAAGACUAUAGAUGAUUACAGAACUGUAAACUGUAAAUUACAAAACCCAUGAUAUAUGUCUUGAUUUCAUUUUGCAUUGUAACUUUUUUCUCAACAUAUUUUAGCCAUAUCUUAAUAUCGUAUGCAUAUGACAUGUUUAUAAAUUAUUAAUGUAUGUAAUUGUUUAAUGGUUCAAGAAUGCUUGUGUCAGCCUCAAUUUGUUUUGUGGCAUCGCAAAUGUGGAACAUUGUCCAUUGAUUUCGUAUUUAGUUUUUUUUUUUUUUUAAAAAGAUCCCAGAAAUAUGUCAGCAUAUUUUGGACUCUUAGAAAUUAUUUCCCCUUGUCGUCAAUAGGCAUAAGUGUUUUGACAGUCAACAUUGUUAUUUUGCACAAGAACUUUAUAUGAAAAACAUUUGUGUUUUUUUGAAUUACAACAGUUCCACCAACUUUAGGGUGGUUUUGUAAACUUUUAUUGCUGCCAUUUGCUGUUUGGAUGUGUUUGCUUGAAUGGCAAAACUAUAAAGUAAAGUACUGUUCUUGGGUUAUGUUCAGUUUUAUUUAAAAUUCCAGCCAUCUUCUUCAGGAAGUUUCCAGCUCUGCUCUUGCUUGUUUGGCACAGCAUUAAACAAAAGAGGCAAUUCCAGAGAAGUAGCAGUGCACUACUGCUGUUCAUUAUUGGACGAACACGUUUAUCAGUAAACUAGUGUGCCUUUAUUACAGAACAUUAUCAUGAUAAUUGUCUUUUUAUAACAGUUUACAAUAUUAUCACAAUAUUGCAUAGAAAAAUAUUUUUAUUAUUAUAAAGAUACAUUCUGAUGUCAUGUUUUAAAUUAGGAGUAUAUGUGUGCAAUAUUUACAAUGCAACAAUCAAAUCAAAAAUAAACAUUAAAAGCUGUCCACAUAUGAUGCUUACUGUGUUAUCAUACAAGACUUUUAAGAGUCAGAACUGGAGGUAAGAACCCUUGUAACAGAUUUUAUGAUCUUUAUAUGUUCCAGGUUUACAGUGAAUCAUUUACUUAAUGUUCCAUCUUAAUGCUGCACUGCUGGAUUGGUCUGUUAGCUCAUUAGAAAUCUGUCAAACUGCUUGUUUGCUUUCAUGUCCUGUUCUUAGGGUGUCCUGUUCUUCUUCAGUUACACAUAGUUUGUGACUGUAUUCGUGAGACUGAGUAUUUCUUCUUCUCUAAGCUGGGUGGGAUGUGACCCAUAUGGAAAAGAUGUUCCAAAUGUAUUGGUCAAAUACAUUUUUGUAGUGUAUGAAAAUGCCAAAAAUGUAUUUGUCAAAUACACAACCCCAUUUACAAAAAAGUUGGGACACUGUGCAAAAUGUAAAUAAAAACAAAA